AUGGCAUUGUAUUGUCUAGGAGAUGUUGCUUGGCGGUUGUAUGACACCUACGGUUUCCCUGCUGACUUGACUCAGCUCAUGGCAGAAGAGAAGGGUCUCACUAUUGAUCAAAAUGCGUUUGAGGAGUGCAGAAAAAAGGCGAUAGAGCUUUCUGCUGCGGGAGUCGGCAAGUUCCGCGACACUCUUGAUCUUGAUGUUCAUGCAAUCGCAGACCUGCAAAAACGUGGAAUUCCGUCAACGGAUGAUUCGCCGAAGUACAAAUAUCAAGGAGAUGGAGCUACUGAUGGUUCUGUCAAGUACACAUUCUCACCUUGCACUGGUAAGAUACUUGCCAUCCGCAGCGAAGGAAAAUUUGUCGAUUCGAUUGAAUCUGGGGCCGAAGGUGCCAUAUUACUUGACAAAACAAAUUUCUAUGCAGAGCAAGGUGGUCAAAUCUAUGAUACCGGUGUACUGAGCAAGACUGACGAGGAGGGUACCGAGUUUGUUGUUUCAAACUGUCAAGUCCGUGGUGGCUACAUCGUACUUGUGGGCUCAGCAAAUGGAAAAUUCUCUGUAGGAGACGAAGUAUCUCAGAAUUUCGAUGAGGAUCGACGGUCUUUAAUAAUGAAGAACCACACUGGAACCCACGUCUUGAAUCAUGCCCUACGUUGUGUGCUGACAGAUUCAGAUCAGAAGGGAUCCCUUGUCGCUCCGGAUCGGCUCAGAUUUGAUUUUACCAACAAGCAUGCGAUGACUGUUAAACAGGUGAAAGAAGCUGAGGACAUCUGCCAAGAAAUAAUAAGAUCGCGUGAGCCUGUGUACGCCAAAGAAGCUCCUCUUUCAAAAGCUCGUGAAAUUACUGGCCUUAGGGCAAUGUUU